AAUGAUGAAGCUGCAAGCCUAGAUUGGUCAAAGUCAAGAAGUCGCACUUUAAGUGGCCACAAGGUUUCCAAUUAUUAUAAGGAUGACGUAGAUCACCUUUUGGAGGCUGCUGAUGUAGGCCACAAGCUUGGAGGAUCUAAUUCAUUUUCUACUGCACGCACAUCCUCUGUAGCAGCUGCUUUCCGUCGCUAUAUGAGUUCGAGUAUGGGUACCUCGUCGGAGUUUCAAGCGGGGAAUGAAUCUGUACAGGUGGAUGCUGUUAAUGAUUCUUUUGACAAUGAACGUGCUGACGAAAAACAUAAACAUGUUAGAGAUGACGAAAGUUCUGAGCCUGAUCUAAUGCAUGCUGGUAUCAUACAUGAAAGUUUGGCGCCCUCCUUAGAAAUUACCAUGAUAGAUGAGGAUGAUGGUGAUGCUCCAGAUGGUUCCAUGGAUUCUUCCAUUGAUGAAUCUUAUUCUGAUAAAACACUAAGUGGCAGGCACAAGAAAUUCCUUCCAGCACGUGAAACAAAUGAUUCAGCACUUACUCAAACUCAAAUCGGUGAUCUGAUGAAGAAUGAAACAGAACCAGAUGCUUAUGAUGCUGCUAAACAAACUAGCAUGGAUUUCAUUUCUGGAAUAAGAAGUGAAGAACCUGAUCCUGAUAACGAAGCUGAAGGGGUUUCACACGAAAGUGUGCGUGAAGUGAAACGAGGGUUGAUCAGUUCCUUGGAUGCAGACAAUUUAGAAUUGCAAAGAAUUGAAGAGCCUGUGGCUGCCAUCUGUGCUCGGAUUCAAGAAUCCAUCAAGUUACUGAGAUCUGAAUUAACUCCUCAUGCUGCUGCCUCGGUUCUUCAGACACUCUCAAAGAUCAUCAGGAAUAUCAUAGACCACCCAGGUGAACAAAAAUUCAGAAGAAUAAGAAAAGAUAAUGCACAUUUUCAGAGGAAUGUGGCAAAUUAUAAAGCUGCAAUGGAGGUUCUCAAUACGGUGGGCUUCAUGGAAGAUGUUGUAGUAGAUGCGGUUGGUGUUGCUGAAGCUUAUUUGGUGCUCAAAAGGAACGAUCCUGGAUUGCUUUGGCUUGCUAAAUCUUCUCUCGAGGUGUUCAUUUCCUGAUUCCACCGUUUCAUUCAUUUAUUUGUAUACUUAAAUGUGUGUAUUUAUAUACAAAUCAAAACAUAAUUAUAGAAAUAAACAGAAAGCUUUACAGAAAUUGCCGGUGAAGUUCUUGUAAACAGC